AUGACUACUGAGAAUGACAGACAAGUCCUGAACAGUAUUCUUAACCCGAACCUUCCAAUCGGAGAAGGAUUGUUCGAUCCAGAGAAGGAGAAUGAGAACCUGGAGAAGGAUCAGAUUCCGGAGAUGGUUUUAAAUCUGGAGAGAUUGGGACGCUUUGCCGCGGAGAAAGGAGAAAUUCAAGAAUCUCUUGCUUUUUUUACAAAGGCUAUCCAGGAGUAUCCAGAGGUAGCUUCAUGCUACAAUAACAGAGCCCAGGUCUAUCAACUUCAUAACAAUUCAGAUCUUGCUUUAGCGGAUUUGGAGAAAGCAAUUUCACUAAGCGGUGGAACUGGAAAAGUAGCAGCUAAUGCUUUUUGUCAAAGAGGAAUGCUCUACAGAAAGGAAGGAAAAGAUGACGCGGCAAUGGACGAUUUUCGCGCAGCUGCCGCGUUGGGUUCUGGGUUUGCCAAGUCAAAGCUCGUGGAAUUGAAUCCAUACGCGGCAAUGUGCAACGCUAUGCUCAGAAAUGUUUUCGGUGCACUCUCUGAAGGAAAAGAACCCGGAAGACCCCAUGAGCUAGCAGCAAAACAAAAUGACUAAUAAAUAUUGGAAAACUUAAAAGUUUUUACAAGUUAAACAACUACAAUGUGACUCGUGAAACUGUGAAAUAGGAAAACGGUAUUUGAGCAAUUUUAUAGUAUUGAUUUGUAUAAUAUAAUCCAGAUAGUUUCAUUGGUUGAUUGAACUGAACUUGUCGGCUUCAGGUUCCACAGUUUUAAGGGUCCCACUUUAAACGCAUUUUUCGGAUCUUUAAAAAUCAAUUAAAUUUCUUAAUUCCAAAAAGACGCGUCUGUACUUUAAAAAAAAUGUUUUUUUUAAAUAAAAGCUAUUUGAAUUAUAUCAUAAUUACAGAGCAUUUUAGUAUUAUUGUGAUGUAUAUUGUAUAUAUAUAUAUUGUGUUUAUAUUUUUAGUUUAUUAAAGAUACAAGAAACA